AUGAUUUAUUUAGAUUCGAAUUUCACUUUAUACAAGGCUUAUACAUGUGGAGGUUUUCUUUAUUAGAAGGAAGAAAGUAACGCAACAAUCAUUAUCUCACGAUCUAAUUUCAAAUAAACAAACGAAGUGUUUGAUCCCAAGAACAUAUACAACCUUUUGAAUGGUACGAUAACAAUUAUGCAAGCUUUUAAAGUUAACUUGACCUGCAAUACUUUUUAAAAUCAUUACACUAUAGCAGGAAUAGGAGUAAUCUUCGUAAAGCAUUCAUAAUUUUCUGAUUUCAACUCGACCUACUAAAAUAAUAUUGCAUAUAAAGGAACUGCAAUCUAUCUAGAGUAGUGCUAAGAAACUAAUAUAAUUUCAUCAAAAUUCCUGAAUUUCAAAGGCUCUUCAAUUACCGAUCAUGUAAAAUGA